UGUAAUACUUAAUUAAAGUCUUACGUUAUUUGACUUUGCAUAGCAUCGAUCUGAUUACUUCUUAUCUUAUUGCAAAACCUUUGAAAGUAUUUUGUAGUAUCUAAAAUAUCUUAGACUUUUUGAUAAUAUUUAAGCUGAUCACCACUUUAGCACUCGACUUUCCUUAGUCUAAAGUUAUAAUGAACAUUCAUUACUUUUUCUUUGACUAUUUUACGCAACUUUUACGUACCAUUCGUCGUAUUUUCCUCCCAAUCAGAAACGCCGUGGCGUUUAAUUCUUGGAUUACGAUGGCUGCACCUGAUAAUUUCCCGUCCACUCUUGAGGGGUUUGGUUAUGCCUUCAACAUCAAUGGACAAUUGGUGAAAAUAAAUCCAGAAAAUAACCAACUAACAGAUAAACCGUUUGAAUUUAACGUCAGUGACAACCAUAAACACAACCAACUGCACUAUGAAGCUCUCGGAGAAGUCAUCGAUCAAUUUGUGUUCAAACUGUUAGAGGAGGAAGGCCUGAAACGAUUUCCUGUUCCUGUUGAUCCUGAAGACGGAGAACCCCAGACCUUUGUGUUUGCAACCCCAGAUUUCUUGACUUCCUCAAAAGAGAAGCCUCUGCUGAUUUUGAUUCAUGGAAGUGGUGUUGUACGAGCUGGGCAGUGGGCUAGAAGACUCAUAAUCAAUGACUGUCUGGAUACAGGGACACAGAUACCUUAUAUUAAGGAGGGCCAAGAACUUGGCUACAACAUUCUAGUUCUUAACACAAAUGACAACAAAAGAACCAUCGACACUGAAGAAUUUCGAAUUAGGGGAAGCGAAGAACCUGUUGGCCACGCUUUAUAUGUCUGGGACAAGUACGUGAUGAAUGCAAAUCCUGAGAAAAUUGCUAUUGUGGCACACAGUUUUGGAGGGAUUUGUACCAGCUUGCUGGCAGCAAAAAGAAAUGAGUCUUUUGCUGAAAAGGUUUUUGCUGUGGCUUUUACUGAUUCGGCCCACUUUGCUCUCCGUGGUGAUGACUUUUCACAUUUGCGAAAGGUUGGUAGAAACUGGUGUUCAUCCGACUUGCCGUUGGAUACGUUGUUGGACGAUGAUAUCUCGGAAGAUGUGGAAUUUGUCUCUGCAGGUCACACUCAGCAUGAGAUGACCUCAGCCACCUCGUUCGAGUCGGUCUUCAAGUACAUUGAGCAUCUGAGGCGGGAGCCUGUGAAGACAGACAGUCCAGUGAAGAGGACUUCAGAUCCUUCCUUGAGUCCAGGGGUUGCGGAGGGUGACUUUGAUGUUAGGCCGCAGCCAGAGGGACAAUCGUUCAUUGAAGAGCAGGUAGCCUUGGAGGAAAAUAGCGCAGAAACUAUGGAAGAAAAGGGCUUAGAAGCUAUGGAAGAAAAGUGCGUUGAAGCUACAGUGGUAAAGGGUGUUGAAGCUAUGGAGGAAAGCGGCUUAGAAGCCUCGGAAGAAAAAGGUGUAGAAAGUGUCCAGGAAAGCGGCAAUGAACCUGCAGAGGCAAUUGCUUCUGUUGCAGAAGCUGAAGACUCUAAGAUGCAGACUGACAUCGAGAUUGAUAACAAAGCACAAAAAAAGUGAUGAAGGAAAAGUGAAGGUAGAUGAUGAACUUUAAGAAAUUGGUAUUUAAUUUGUCAUUAAUGUAAGCAAAUCGGCACAGGCAUUUUAAUUUUUUUUUCAUUGUCAUUAAAAUUUUGUAAAUGAUGAAAAAGGUAAUGAAUAAUACCGUUUUUAAAUUGAAAUAAUACUAGUUGCUUUUAAUUGCAUUGACCAGCUGUUUAAAAAUAAUACCAUACAAUAAUUUAUUUGUCUUGCACUUCUAUUAUAAUUAAAGAAGGAAAUUUGACCCACAUUAAUGCAUGUGGAAUAAUUUGAGAGAAAACUUAAAUUAACUGGGGGAAUUUAUUAUA